UUGGCUCCUGCCCCCCUCGUCCCGAACCCUCCCGCCAACGCCAACGCCAACGCCGCCGGUUUUCUUCUCGCCGUUGCCGCACCGUUUUAUCGUGUUUCAGAGGACGUUUUGAGGGUUUUUUUUUUGUCGCUGGAAGAAUGAGCACCUACAACGUGUCGCUGGCCGGCCCUGCCCCGUGGGGCUUCAGGCUGCAGGGGGGGAAGGACUUCAACAUGCCCCUGACCAUCUCCAGGAUCACGCCUGGCAGCAAGGCGGCGCAGGGGAACCUGAUCCAGGGCGACAUCAUCGUGGCCAUCGACGGCGUCAGCACGGACGGAAUGACGCACCUGGAGGCCCAGAACAAGAUCAAGAUGGCCAACUUCAACCUGGCCCUCACCAUGGCCAAGUCGAAGCGUCCCGUUCCUCUCGGGACGGGACCGCAGAGGAUCGACUCUCCCAUGCCCAUCAUCCCGCACCAGCAGGUUAUUACCAACAUGGCUGCCAACACCGAGUACAUCCCCACCUUCAACCCCGGCGUGCUGAAGGACUCCGCCCUCUCUACCCAUAAGCCCAUCGAGGUGAAGGGCCCCGGGGGCAAGGCCACAAUCAUCCACGCCCAGUACAACACGCCCAUUAGCAUGUAUUCCCAGGACGCCAUCAUGGACGCCAUCGCAGGACAGGCACAGGCCAAGGGGCAUGACGCCGGUACUCUCCCCGUUAAAGAUCGUCUUGUAGACAGUGCCUCCCCAGUCUAUCAGGCCGUCGUGUUGCAGAAGGACUUGGUUCAGUCCGACUGGGCACACCGGGGAACCAGCAUGCAGUCCAGGUCCUUCCGGGCCCUGGCCCACAUCACUGGAACCGAGUUCUUACAAGACCCAGACGAGGAGGCGCUGAUGAGGUCCAGGGAAAGGUUUGAGUCUGAAGCCAAAGGCCCUCGUUUUGCCAAAUUGAAAAACUGGCACAACGGCUUGUCCGCACAAAUCCUUAACGUCACGGCUAGCUGUUAGACAGACAGACAGACUGUCAGACAGACAGGUGGUGUCAGCCCGAGAGGUGAAAGGUCAAGCGGGGGUGUGUUUGUGUGUGUGUGAUGGAGGUGAACAGGCUAAAGAGAAGAUACUGGAAAGUGGAUUUGUUAGAAAUAAGAGGACGUUGAUGCUGUAGAGUGUGUAUCAUCAUGUACAAGCCUGAUAUCCCUGCAGCUAGCACAGAGGACCUGCCCAGCAAGCAUCUGACAGCCUGU